AUGUUUGAUUAAGAUGAUUUGGAGCAGGAGUGUAUCAAAGAGUAUAAUCUUGGUUAAAUAAGUCUGAAAAUUAAGUCUAAAUCUAUGCACAUAGGAGUUUCAAGGUCAGUCUGGAAAGCAAGCUUGGCUCUUGCUCAAUACUUAAAUACAAACUCUGAUAAUUUUGAUGUGAUGAAAGAAAAGCAAUUAUAGAUAUUGGAACUUGGAUCUGGUCCUGGAUUAUCUGGCUUUUAUGCCUCAAGAUAUUUUAAAGAUUCAAAAGUUUUUCUCACUGAUAUCUGUAUAAAGAGUCUAAAUCUUAUAAAGGAGAACAUAGAUAUAAAUAAGGAGGUACUAAAUUAAAAUCAGUUAUCAGUAGAUUUCUUUGAAUGGGGUAAUUUCACAAGGUCAUCUGAGAACGAGGAACAUUAUUAAAAUAAGGAUGAGUUUCCUACUAAUUAUGAGGGUUAAUUUGAUUUAGUAAUUGCUUCAGAUGUAGUGUAUAUACCUGAAUUUCUUGAUCCUUUACUAAAGAGCAUAUAAUAUUUUAUAAAACCCUAAUCUGGUAGAUGCUUAUUAGUCAACAACAAGAUUAGAUAAGAUUUAUUUAUUGAUAAAUUCGAUUAAAUGCUUUUGGAAAACAAAUUAGAUGCUUUCGUUAAUGAAGAAUUUGAUAUGGAUGAAGAUAAAUUUAGAGUUUUUAUUAUGAGACUAAAAGACUGA